AUGGGGAUCCACUGUGACAUCAAUUUGCGUAAAUCAUCCGAUGGAAACUUUGUUACUGGAGGCACAGUAUCAGGCGUCGCUAGGUAUACUCUAGACGAAGAAAUAGUUUGUACAAAGGUUUCAAUUUCAUUAAACGGUAAAGGGUAUCUAGAAGUACACAAUACUAGGAAGAAAGAUGAAGCAGACGGAUUAAUAAAAGAUGAAGAAGAAUAUUUAAAUGAAGAUAUUACACUUCUGGAUGACCAAACUGGGCAGGUUGUCCCCAUUGACACUUAUGAUACACAGUUCCACUUUGAACUGCCACUGGGUAUACCACCGACACUCGACUUUGUUAAAAGUUCUGGCAGUCAUACAGUGCGAUGCAAGAUUGUUUAUUAUUUACAAUUAACAUUUGAAAGUCCUGCAGGUUGUAAGCGUUUUAGUGCAACAAUUAAUGUUAUACCGGGCGUUAAUCCGAAGUUGUCGACAGAACCAAGGAUUUACGACAAGCAGAGGAAACUAAUACAAUUAUUAAGGGACAGCUUUGUUACUCUUAAAGCUACAAUUAACAAUCCUGUAGUAACGCCCUGCAAUAAAGCUGAUUUAGUGUACGAAAUAUUUAAUGAUACUAAUGUUAAUUUUAAAUGCAUGGAAAGCAAAUUAGUGGAAGUAAUAUCUUUACCAAGCGGAUAUUACGAUUCGACUUUUGCUUAUGAAAUAGUUACUGAUAUAAAGACGGCAGGAGUGAGAAGCGGCGAAACUCAAACUAUCAAUGUAGAAGUACCAAUACCUAAAGACGUCCACUCUAUUGAACAUUCCCAACUUAUUUCUCGGGAUUAUUUUGUGAAGAUAACUGUCUAUCUACCACUGCCGUACCGUAAUGUCACUCUGAAGGUACCGCUGCAAAUAGCAGGUGUUUCUAAAGAAAAUAUAAUGGAUGAUGAUGAUGAAGUGCUCACCCUUUGGGAAGCAAUGAAUGAAGAUGACAUUCAACCUGAUCAAUAUUCAUAAAAUGUAACUACUGUGAGUCAGUAAUAAAGACAAUCAUUUUUUAA